AAUCCAGCUUUUGUGUAUCCCUCGUCCCCUUCAAGAAUUGGAACUGCCUGAAAAAUGGGUUCUUAUUUCUUCUUUUUUCCUAUGAUAUUGCUGUUGGCAGCAACUUGUUAUGGCCAAAGAUUUCAAUACUCGAGAGCAACCUAUUACAGUAGUCCCGAAGGCCUAGGAACUGCAACUGGAGCUUGUGGGUUUGGAGAGUUUGGAAAGACCGUCAACAAUGGUCAAGUCGCGGGUGUCUCUAGGCUUUACAGUGGUGGAAGUGGUUGUGGAGCUUGCUAUCUGGUAAGGCAAUUUCUUCUUUAAAUAAA